AUGGCUACCCAUCUUUUCACUUUCCGUCCCGCCAGAAUCCACGCCUCUGCUAUUCCUGCUCACCUUAAGCCGGACUCCGACCGCCGGAGGACUACUACGUUAUCUACCCCGACCAACUGGUGGGCACCGCUGUUUGGAUUACCGUCCGACCCCGACUACAUUGAUUCCGAUAACAAAACUGAGCUGAAGCAAAGACGCCAAGGCGAAUCGCUAACGGACGUGGGACAAAAAUGGGCCAGAACAAAGUUUUCCCCGGCUCGCUUCACGGAAGAUAAGGCCAGGCAGCUCCGUAUGAUGACUACCACCACCUCCUCAUUUCACGACAUUAUGUACCAUUCAGCCAUCGCUUCUCGACUCGCUUCCGAUUUCAAGGAUCGCUAG